AUGGUUGCCAAGUCGAUCUUGCUCUUGGCUGUUGCUGCGAUCGCGCGGGCUCGCGCCGUAACUCAACAGGAUUGCAAUUCUACUGCGGUUGAUAAGACGGCCGCGACUAUCGUGUACGAUGGCAGAGUGAAAGAGAAUGCGACAAAGGCGGACUUUGAUACGACUACCGGGCCAUUUGGCAAGGAUUUCGUCAAAGGACAGAACUUGACCUUCAGCCAACUAGUCGCAUUCCCCAGCGUCGAGCCUUCCAAUUUUGAUGCUCAGGUUGGCGCAAAGGCAAUUGAGGUACAGAUAAACGACCAAUCCAUCUUCGUCCCAGGGAACAACAUUGCAAAUGCGCAGACCGCCGUGCGUCGCACGGAGCUGAAUCCCAAUGGCGGCGGCAACACAACAACCGGUGUCAAGACCCUCCAUGUCUCCCUCCAGCCCAGCGCGCAACAUCCGUUGAACAUCAGCCACGAGUACUCACUCGUCUUUCUUGAGCGCGCCGACUUCGGUGCCAACCUUUUCAUGCUUCGCACCGGUACUCUCCUCGGCAGCAAUGGCGGCACGAAAAACGACCUCGUGCUUCAAGGUAACACUGCUGCCGGGACGAAGACGCUUUUCACAACGCCUUUCACCGAAGGCGUAUGGACCAACCUUGCGCUGCAGCUGGAUUUCACCGCGAACACCAUCCAGGUUUUCCAAUCUUCUGGUAGUGCGCCGCUUGUACAGGCCACUGAGCCCUUGCCGAAUGACUUGACGGGCAACGGCCAGUUCCACUUCGGUGUGAACAAGAAUCCAACAGAUCCGGGAACAGACGUCUUGAGGUCGGGAUUCCAGGAAAGCGGGAUUUUGGAAGGUGUGGUUUAUGGAGGUAUCUUUGUCGAGGACACGGCGAGCAGCAGCGUUACACUAGCAUAGAGAAGCUAAAACUGCUCGAAGGCGAAAGCAUCACUGUCCGCGUAAGAGUGUAGACGGUCUAUAGAUGGAUUUGAGAUAGACAUGGUUCUGUCGGUGCACCAUAAUGUACGGCCCGCCAAUUUCGUCCGUUGGGCAAAGCAUACCAGUC